AUGGAGACUUCAUCACAGGCAGGCUCGAGCAGUGUCACUGUCGAGUAUACUGACCCCUCGGGACUAUUUCCCCUCAUUCAACCCGUCAUCGAGGAGAAGCUCCCGCUCAAGAACCUCCACUGGAAAUCGCCCACCCGUCCUGUUCGAUCCAUCGAGUCGCUUCGCAUCGGCUUCGUUCCGGCCCAGCUUGAGACGGACGAGCGCAAGCUAUCGAGCGAUACCUCCAGGAGUGCCCCGGUACCUCACCGACGCCAUCAGAUCCCUGGUCUGCGCCAAACACCGUACUUGAAAAUCUACCUCCUCCGCUGCGAUGACAACGACACCUACAAAGCAACCGCUCGCAAGGCCCUGCGGGACUGGAUCAAGGCGCACGCGUCGACGCCGCAGGCCGGUGCCUCGGCAGCGAGCAAUCAGGAGAAGCACGAUGCUUUUGAGUGGUUGAUCGUGCACGUGGUGCAAGACGGCGAGGGCACGGAGAAGGCCGCGCCGGCAUCGAAAUGGGGCCGGAGCACCACGACCGUCCUCGAGAAGAUCAAAGCGGAUUUCAAUGCGUCGUCCAAGUCGGCUGUUGACCGAGUGGCGCAGUUGCGUUUGCCCCGGCCGGGGAGCACGCAGCGGCCGGCUGAGCUGGCGGAUCAGGUAGAGGACUUUGUGGAGAAGAUGAAGAAUGCCAUUCUGACGUCUUUUGAUCUCCGCGUCGCGCAGUAUGAGGAGGAUAUCAAGGAAAAGGACUCGCAGCGAAGUCUGCCAGGUUGGAAUUUCUGCACGUUCUUUAUACUCAAGGAGGGGCUUGCGAGGGGCUUCGAGAAUGUGGGAUUGUUCGAGGAUGCGCUGGUCGGAUACGAUGAGCUCUCGGUGGGGCUGGAUACGGCAAUCCACGAGCAGAUUCAGGGCACAGGUGAUCAGCAUGGAGGUGCUUUCUUGACUGUCAGCAAGGACUGGCAGGAGAAAGCCAAGGCGGCUUUGGAGGAGGCAGGCUCGGCGCCCUCGGAUGUAGAUGACGACGAAAAGGCAGUCGCUGUUGGAGAAAUUGACCCCAAGGACUUUCCGCUAGAUUCAAAUCGAAAGCCUUACCGAGAGAUGAUUCUCGCCAGCGACAUCUCGAUAUUCGAUUUCCGUACAUAUGUAUUUUCCCGGCAGCUGACCUUGCUCCUGAGAGCCGCCAGAGCGCCGUCCUUGGUUGCGACAGAGACCGGCGCAAGCCAGAAAGGGAAGAAGGACAAGAAACCUGAGGAUUUGAUGCUUCUCUCCGAGCUUUGUGAGAGAGCCGCCGAAUUUAUCACUCUCGCCGCACGUACGCUGAGAGCUGACCUCGAAUCUGGCUUGGCUGACGUGGAUCAUCCGUCCAAGUCGGACCUCAUAAACAACCUGGUAUCGUCAUGGGCCUAUGCUGCAGCAAGCCAGGUCUUGAUUCAGACAUACACAUCGAAGCUCACAUUGCCCGAGUCUUCCCUUCAUGCUAUGAGCAAGGCUGUGGCGGCCACCAGCACCCCGGAACCCAAGCCUGAGGUUCCCAGACGCUCGAGCUCAUUGAUAUCACCAGCCACAACUCGUUCUGGCCGUUCUAACAGCCACGGAAUUCCGCUCCCAGAUACUCUUGCCAAUGUCUCUCGGGCGGACCACGAAUCACAGAAGCCCAUACCUGCCUUUAUCCCAAAGACCGGUUCCGAGCAAUUAGCGAGUGGGAGAGCAGAACUCCUUUCACUGGCACGACGCCUUUUGGAAGAAAUCGCUGGCAGAUCUGGUUGGAACGAGAACUGGAAGGAUCUGGGACUGCUCUUCGACAAGCAAGGUCGAGGCGAGGACGAGAUGACCGAAGUUUCCUUGGAUGGUGAGAUGGAAGAGAAGCCAGAAGAGAAGCGGAAAGGGGAGUCUCUGGUUUCGGAUCCUCUUCUCGGAAUUGACCUUCUUGAGCUAAGGACUGCUCUGCGAUCGAGGAAGUCGUUCCGCUCUCAUUACGAGCAGCUUACGGACUUGGUGUAUCGUCACUAUGUUAUGGCGAACCGCACAUAUUCAGCCCAGACGGCUCUCGCCGACAUGGCUCUUCUACGUUAUCGACAGAAUGAUUACAUCGCAGCUGCCUCAUAUUUCCACCAAAUCAUCCCAUUCUAUGGGACCAAGAAUUGGAUUUUACUGGAAGGAAUCAUGCUCGAAAUGUAUGCGAGAUGUCUCGAAGAGCUGAAACGAAACGAGGAGUACGUACGAACGAUGCUACGGCUUCUUGCCAAGUUCGCCAUGCACACGCACUCAGGCUUGACUGCGCGAGAGAAGACGCUCGAUGCUUCUUCCAUCUUUACCGAGCAGAGCCCGGUUUCCCGGUAUGUGGACAAACUCUUUGAAGCCUCUGGCAUGCUUCAAAAGGAAGUCUCAGCACCUUUCGCCGACUUUUUUGCAGACUUGGACGUGAAACCCAUCAUCGUUCAUUACGAUGACAAGGAUGGGUUUCAGAUGCAACUCAGCCUGCAGUUCUUACUAGGAAAACGAAUCGAGAUUGAUUCGAUGAAGUUACGGCUUGUCAGUGCGAGCGGGCCGCAUAGCAAUGAACACUGGAUAGAAACUGCCAAUAAGGUGAUUAUCAAGUCGUCGCCCACAAAAGUUCUCGUUGACUCCACGGCUACUUUGCAAGGAAAAUACUUUGUGGACCGCCUGGAAAUGCGAGCUGGCAACAUUCUGUUCACGCUAGCCAGCGGAAAGCAUCCAGCCCUUCCUGUGGGCUUUAGGGAGGUGCUCGACGCUGAAGAGGUCGAUAGUCGGCCCUACGUCUACUGCUUCCCGCGACCCGAGGGAUUGCAGGCCAAGAUUACGUCUCCACAUGUAGUCAAUUUGGAGGCAAUGCGGACACUCGAGCUGGAGCUCUACAGCGGGCGCAAUAACAUCAAAACUGGCACGAUUCGCGUACGGCCUGCUACUGCCGGUCUUCGACUGAGGGUAGCAGAGGCAGAGGUGGUGGAAGGAGGUAUAACCAUCUCCACAAAUAGCGAGUCUGGAAACAUUGGGAUUGCGCAGUUGGGACCGCAGUCCAUACUGCGGCUCCGUAUCCCUUAUACGGUCGAAGAGGUUCAUCCGAUGCUGUCGGCACGGGCAGAGGUUUCCUACGAGACGGAGAGCGGCCUCUUCUCUUACAGUUCUCUUCAUAACAUUGUUUCCGCUCUGCCGAUUAGCGUCAAUGUGCAAGACGUCUUCAAAGACCAAGUUCUUUUCUCUCGAUUUACCGUCAGCCCAGCGAUGAUGAUUCCCCUUCGAAUUCUAAAAUGCAGUAUCCCCAGCUCUGACGUCUACGAGGUUCAGUCGCACGUGAAGGACUCGGUGGCAAUGGACGUAUUCCCAAAGCAGCCAGCGUCGUUAUUAUACAGAAUCCAGCAGCGAAAGGAUAGUGUUACUUCACCAGGUUCAAGACGCUCUCUCCGCCUCAGUGUCGAGUUUACUUGUGUGGACGAUGAGUGCCUGGACGCAGUCGAAACGAGGUUCAAGAACAGUAUUGCCGACAGCGAUUUUCGCCAGUAUACCACCUUGCUCACCUCUCAUAUUGUGCAGGCAUUCCGCACACAACUGUCAACUGCAGACAUGGAAGUGAUCGGGCUCAUCCGCGAGAUGGGGACGCUGUCAUAUGCAAAUGUUGGAUGGGAUGGUCUACUCAGUGCACUCAAGGAGCCAGCUGACAGUUUAAAAGCGUGGCUCAUGACAUGGCACCAGAACAAUCCCAUCAUUUCGCUACCCAAGCAGCCAACCAUACUCAGCCGUCGGAUCGUCAUCCCUGUUGACAUACCUGAGAUCCAAGUGCUACACACCGCGGAAUUGCGACUCAAAAAUCUCGCGGAUCAGCCAAGACACGCGGCCGUCGGUCAGAUGAUUGCGGCCGAACUCGUUCUACGUCAUACACGGCGAUGGAGCUCGCCUGAGACUCGCGAGAACGCGGGGGGUACUCUGGAGUUUUCCUACGAGAUUCACGCGAACCCGGAACUGUGGCUCGUUGGAGGACGCAGACGGGGAAACUUUGUCGCAUCCGAGGAUGAAACAAAAACGUUUCCCGUCAUGCUGCUGCCCCAGAAAGCAGGGCAUCUCCUCCUUCCGGGGCUGGAGAUCAAAAGUUACGUACCCGCGGCGCCACCCUCUUCGGCGACGACGAGCCAACCAGGAAAUCCGGCGGCGGGUGGUGCGCCAUUCCUGCAGCGGCGACAGAUCCCAAACGAGCUCGAUUACCGGAAUCAUGGGGAGACGGUGUUAGUGCUCCCUGAUCUACGGCAGACGACGGUCAGUCUCAGCCCGGCCGGGCAAGGGGGGCACGGUGGCUCGUGGUUGAUAAAUUCAGAGAGUCGAAAUGAGGUACAUGCAUGA